GCGCAGACAGCCGCAGGGGUCCUUGGCGGGGCGGGGCCUGCUCGCGGGGGCUUGCGGCUCCUUCCCGUGCAGCCUCUCUCUUUCGCUCAGGUCCCGUGGCGCCAGCAGGAUGGGCAAGUGUCGCGGUCUUCGCACGGCCCGGAAGCUGCGGAGCCACCGGCGGGACCAGAAGUGGCAUGACAAGCAGUACAAGAAGGCCCACCUGGGCACGGCGCUGAAGGCCAACCCUUUCGGGGGCGCGUCCCAUGCGAAGGGGAUUGUGCUGGAAAAAGUGGGGGUUGAAGCCAAACAGCCCAAUUCUGCCAUCAGGAAGUGUGUCAGGGUCCAGCUGAUCAAGAACGGCAAAAAAAUCACAGCCUUUGUACCCAAUGAUGGUUGUUUGAAUUUUAUUGAGGAAAAUGACGAAGUUCUGGUUGCUGGAUUUGGUCGCAAAGGUCAUGCUGUUGGUGACAUUCCUGGAGUUCGCUUUAAGGUUGUCAAAGUAGCCAAUGUGUCUCUUUUGGCCUUAUACAAAGGCAAGAAGGAAAGACCAAGAUCCUAAGUUCUGAUGGUGAAAUCACAGUAGUAAUAAAUUUUCAUAUGCCUAAAA